GUUCUCGUGACGUACGCGACGCGGCGCGACGAAAGCGGGACGGGACGCGGAGAAGACCUUCAUCUUGUCCUGUGUGUGCGACGAGCUAAAGUAAAGUGCGAGUGAGACGGGAGUGACGUAGUAAAGGAACAAGAGAACUUCAUCUCUCUCGGACUUCUCGCGGCGUGGUGCGAGCGAGAAAUAAAAAGAAAAAGAGACAGAGAAAACGGUGAGAUCGGAAGCGCAUCGCGUAGUGUGUUACAUCUUUCUCGGUUUGUCGUCGCGAUUUGUUUGACACGAAUUGGACGUCAUAUCGGCCGACACAUUGAAACGUCGUCGUUGCUCUCGGCACCAAAGAGCGAGGAGAUUACACACUUACGAACUGUUGAUUUUCUUUUAAAAACACGACAACCGCGUAUAUAACGUAGAUCUGUCGUUUUUUUAUUCUUUUUUGUUUUUGUUUUAUUAGUUUUGUUUUUUUCUUUAUUCGCGUGAUUUUCGUCUAAAAGGACGGAGCAACGGCGCACUUGUGUGUUUUCGCUUCAAGGAUCGACCGGCCACCACGGCGACCAUGUAUGCGAAAGGAAAAAGUUCGACAGUGCCCUCGGACUCUCAAGCGAGAGAAAAAUUGGCAUUGUACGUGUACGAAUAUUUACUACAUGUAGGUGCUCAGAAGGCUGCACAAACAUUCCUCUCUGAGAUUCGAUGGGAGAAAAACAUCACACUUGGAGAACCUCCUGGAUUUUUGCAUUCUUGGUGGUGUGUCUUUUGGGAUUUGUAUUGUGCAGCGCCUGAAAGAAGAGAUAGUUGCGAACAUAGCAGUGAGGCCAAAGCGUUUCAUGAUUAUGGAUUUGUAAACAGUGCUUACAAUGUCAACGGAAUUGCACAUAAUGCUGGACCAGCUCCGUCUCCAAUUGGUCAGAUGCCGCCAAAUGAUGGUAUGCCUGGCGGUCCCAUGCCUCCUGCUUUCUUCCCGAACAACUCGACAAUGCGACCAUCUCCGCCCACACACCCCUCAUCACAGCCAUCUCCCCAGCACCCCCAGCCACCCCCGCCCCCACACUCGCAGAUGAUGUCCACUCAGUUCAUGGGUCCCAGAUAUCCAGCAGGACCACGACCCGGAGUACGUAUGCCACAAAUGGGAAAUGAUUUCAAUGGGCCACCAGGGCAACCGAUGAUGCCAAAUAGCAUGGAUCCUACUAGGCAAGGCGAAGCUGGAGAAUUUGUAGGGUGGCAAGGUCCACCGGGCAUGAAUCCGAUGAAUCCGAGAAUGAAUCCUCCACGAGGUCCAGGCAUGGGUCCGAUGGGUCCUGGAAGUUACGGUCCCGGUAUGAGAGGUCCACCGCCCAACAGUACUUUAGGCCCAGGUGGACCAGGAGGGCCUGGAAUGCCACCAAUGAGUAUGGCUGCUCCUGGUGGUAGACAACAAUGGCAACCAAACACAUCCACGCCUAUGAACUAUUCGUCCUCGUCACCGGGUAAUUAUGGAGGACCACCCGGAUCAACAGGUCCACCAGGACCCGGCACACCUAUUAUGCCUAGUCCACAAGAUAGCAGCAACAGCGGAGGAGAAAACAUGUACACCAUGAUGAAGCCUGUACCUGGAGGAAACAUGCCAGGUGAUUUUCCAAUGAGCGGCGGACCAGAAGGUGGUCCAAUGGGUCCUAUGGGUCCUAAUACAAUGGGUCCGGUACUAAACGGUGACGGUCUCGACGGAAUGAAAAACAGCCCGGCGAAUGGCGGUCCUGGAACACCACGGGAAGAUAGCGGCAGUGGAAUGGGUGAUUAUAAUCUUGGUGGAUUCGGAGCUCCUGGAGAGAAUGAUCAGACCGAGUCGGCGGCCAUUUUGAAGAUCAAGGAGAGCAUGCAGGAGGAGGCGAAGAGGUUUGAGAAGGACUCAGACCAUCCCGAUUAUUUCAUACAAUAACUCUUCACGAGUAAUUGGACCCUGAGACCAAAUUAACCGUUUAAAAAACAAAAAACAAAAAAAAAAAAAAAUUAAAACACACCGUCAAUUUCCUUUCUCUUCCUUCAGUCCGAUAAAAAACUCUCUUCCGGGCCGUUCGCUGUGGAAAUCCAUUCUCCCUCCACCUUACAUUCUUCCUAAUUAUUCCUUUCUUCUUCGAUUUGUGCUGCACUUCUCCAAAAUAAGAUCUUCCUCUCUUCUCUUAUUUCCGAGCUGAAUCGAUGUUCGUAGAUCGAUCUCCUUUAGGAAGGGCGCAAAUAUAGGAUAAUUCCCCUUCCACAUGCAUCAGUUAAAAUCAUCCAUUUUGUCGCGUGCGCGACACCGGUGAGAAACACACCACUUGCUCAGGAGAACGACCAUAGAAAGACCUUCGAGAGAAGACGGAAAAAAAAAAAACAGAGAAAAAAAGAGAGCAUCGAUCUCGCGCGACUCUCACGUCGACUGACGUUUUCACUUUAGUGAUAUUGUACAUACAGUAUCAGACAUGUGGAUAGAGUUAUUAUCACUGAGAUGGAUGUAUAUCGCGAGUGAACGAACAACGAACGCAAAGCACAAUUUACUCUCGAAGCUCUGUUCACUCGAAAAAAACAAAAAAAAAAAAAAAAUCUUUAAACUUUAUCUCCUUGAGUAAAUAACGUUGAAUAAUUCGCGUAAUAAAAUGAAGUGAUCUGAGCACUUUGCUGUGGCAAAAACACCCCUCGUGGUGUCUUGGAGAACAAUCAAACAGUAAAUUCCACGGGGAGAAAGGAAUUACAAAGAUCAUUUAUAAUUUACAAAAAGUAAUUUAAAAAAAAAGUAAUAUAGAUAACGGUGGAAAGAAAAAAAAAGAAGAGAAAAAACUCGCAUUUAUUGUUCGUUUGUUCACUGUACGUCCAAUUUUAGGCUGCGAAUGCGAACAUUGUUCCAAUUAAUUUAAUUAGAGAAAAUGAAUGUUAUACUGUGUAUUUAACGUUGUACGUUAUAUUUUCAAAAUUUUCGUGAGAGAAGGAGAGUGUACAUUUCCAGAAGCAGCUCCCCCGCACACGGAAUUAUUUCGCUGAACAUAUAUAUGUUCAAACGAUAUUCCCGUUCGCAGUCGUCAUCCGUUUUCCGUGCGACGAUCUCCACAAACACCGCGGUCUCAAGCAUGGCUUUGAGCACCUCCGAGAGAGAGACUCGACCGUUUUCAUUUGGAAAUCACAUAGAGUCGUCAAAUCGACGUGAUGCUUGCACGACGCGUGCGAUCUGUCACGAAGAAAAAGUCGUCGCGUGCCCCUUGGGCUUGGUCGCGAGUUCGCAACUUUUGAUUCGAAAAUUCUUCACGAACUCUUUCCCCGGUUUUGAAAAAUAAGAUUCAUUAACUGAACUGAUGUUGAUCGGUGUUACUGGUGGAGAUUGUUCGCACGAUGUGGUCCAGGUCGGUGUCUAUCAACGUGGAACCGUAAAUACACAAAAAAAAAAAAAAAAUGGGGCGAUAGCACGCGACAUUGGACCAUUAGAAAGAUUUAAUCAAUCCUAAAAGGAAAAAAAAAUAGAACACGUUUUAUAAGGAUACGCGUAAAAGGCACAUCAAUGCCCAGACGUUUACGACCGCGAAGAUGGAAGUUGCGUCUCGUUCGAAAUGUGAAAGAUUUUUUGGUAUUUCGUCACGAUCGAGGACCAAAUUCAUUUCUACCGUACAACAAUAAGUAUGCGAUUUUUAUCCCGCCACAAAAACUCCCGAGUAAGUUUUACGGCAAAAUAAAAACGAAACAAAGGGGCGCUCUUCUUAUCUAUAACCGGUUACAAAGCAUUCUGCUAGGACUUUAGUGAUUGCGCCCAUCGCGGUCGAUGACGUCUCACAUAUUGUGUCGCAAAGACACACGGAUGACGUUUAAGGGGCCUUUCUCACGCAACAAAGCCAAAAAAAAAAAAAAAAAUCUUUGUAAAUUGUUUUCGAAACACCCACGCGACAAAUGUUCCUGUAGUUUUGUAAGUUAUGUACAUAUUUUGAAGUAACUUUAGUUACUCACGUGCAAAUAUCUUUAUUUUAUUUUUGACAUUAUAUUAACAAUUUAUUAACCGACACACUGAAAAUCACACUCCGUGACAUGAGCAAUUUCUCGACUCUCAACGAGGAGAAUUUUACGAUUUUCGAAUGAGAAAAGCUCCUUGAUUCGUAAUUCUUUGGGUUUUUGUUGUGGAAAAAAAAAAAAUAAAAAAAAAAAAAAAAACAAUUGAUAUCGCUGUGAGAGAAAAACUCGCAUUUCUGAGAAAACGAUAGAUUAACAUAUUGUGACUUUAAUCGUGAACAAAAAGAACACGCAAUAUACGUUUAAUCUUUUUUUUUUUUUUUUGAA